AUGUAUACUUUUGAAAAAAAAGAAGAAGAGAGAUACCUGACCAAGGCUAUAUAUGCUUAUGGGAUAAAUAAAAAUAUAUAUAAUCCCUUUUAUUUAUUAGAUGAUAAUUUAAUUUUUUACUGUGUAGGUACAAAUGGAGUUUUACAUUCUAUUAUAGAAAAAAAACAAACUUUUUUAUUAAGUCAUGAAAAUAGUUAUGGUAUAAUAUGUUUAGGUAUUAGUAGUGAUAAAAAACUACUAGCAUUAGGAGAAAAAUCUGUAAACAAACCCUAUAUUUCUAUUUUUUCUAAUAGUACUCAUAAAUUAAUAAAAAGAUUAACAUUAGAAAUAUCUGACAAUUCAAGUAGAAUAAUGAAUAUAUGUUUUUCUUCUAAGAAUAAAUAUAUUUAUUGUAUAACUAAUGGAAAUACUAAGAGUUUAUUUUUAUGUUAUGAUUGGUUAAAAGAAAAAUUAAUGUUCAGCAAAAUUUUCCCCUUUUCUCUUUUUAGUAAUAUAUGUGGAAUAUAUAUAAAUCCACACAAUUCUUCUUACAUUGCUUUAUUAUCUAUAAGUGUCUUAAAAAAUGUAAUAGAUAUAAAUCCUAUAAAUGAUGAAGGGAAAACUGAUGUAUGUGUUUCUAUUGAUAAUGAUCAGAAAAAUAUAAAAGACCCAAAAAAAGAAACCAUAAAAAAUAAAGAUAAUUAUAAUAUUGAUAAUAUUAACAAUAAUGAUGAUAUUGUAUCUAAUUAUGAAGUUAGAAAUAUAUUUCUUUAUCACAAUGUAGAUAAAAAUUUAGAUGAUAUUGUCAUAAAAAAUAAAAAACUUGAAAAGAUUGAUAAUAAUUUUACAAAUUGUUGUUGGUUAAAUGAUGGUAUAUUACUACUUAUUAAUAAAAAUAAUUAUAUAAUUUUUUAUGAUGUUAAAAAAGAGAAAUUGAAAAUAUAUAAUAAACAUGUUAGUAGUCAACAAAUAAUAAAGGUUAUAAGUAUGAAUAAAGGUUUUUCCGUAUUUGAUAAUUAUUUUAUUUAUAUAUAUGAAAAAUCUCCUGACUUAAGUGUGAAUUUAUGUUAUUUAUUGAAAUAUUAUAUCCGUUUUAAUUAUAAUAUAUUGUAUAAUAGUUAUUGUUUAUUUUCGUCUUGUGAAAAAAUGUUAUAUUUUUUGGAAAAGGAUGGAAAUAUAAAAAGAUAUGAUGUGUCCAAAAGGAAAGUUUUAUUUGUAAAUAAUGAGAAAGUAAAUUAUGAAAGUUUAAGAAAUAAAACAAAUAAUAAAGACGAUUUAAAAAAUAUAAAUAAAAAAGACGAUUUAAAAAAUAUAAAUAAUAAAGACGAUUUAAAAAAUAUAAAUAAUAAAGACGAUUUUAAAAAUACAAAUAAUAAAGACGAUUUUAAAAAUACAAAUAAUAAAGACGAUUUAAAAAAUACAAAUAAUAAAGACGAUUUAAAAAAUACAAAUAAUAAAGACGAUUUAAAAAAUUCAAAUAAAGAAUAUGAUGAGAAUGAUUUAAUUCAUAAUAGUAAUAAUAAUUUUGAUAACAUAAAUCAUUCUAGUUAUAUUCACAAGAGUUGUAAUGGAAAUUUUUCAGGAGAUGAGAAUGGAAAGGAAGAAGAUAGUUUCGAUUUAGAAACAGUUGUAUAUAAUAUUGGUUCCAGCAGAAUUAACGAUUUUGAUGUUUGUUUAAAACAUCCAUUAAUUAUAUUAUGUUAUGAUGAUAAUAUGAUAAGAAUUGUUAAUUAUAGAAAAAAAGAAGUAGUAUUAGAAAAUUCUUUUAAUAAUGAACCUUUACAUUUAUCUAUUCAUUGUUCAGGACAUUUAUUAAUGGUAGCUUUUACAGAUAAAUUAAGAAUUUUCCAUAUUUUAUAUAAUAAAUUGAAAAUAAAAAAAGAAUUUUUUUUAAAAAAUUGUUCUUGUUGUAAAUAUUCAAAUGGUGGGAAUUUUAUGGCAGUUUCUAAAAUAUCUACUAUAUAUAUUUAUAAAACAUAUACAUAUGAACUUUUAUAUGUAUUAAAAUCUCAUGUUAAUUAUAUUUCUGAUAUAAUUUGGAGUAAUAAUGAUUUCUCUAUAUUUUCUAUAGGACAAGAUGGAUAUUUUUUUGAAUAUUCAUUAUAUAAUAAUGGAAAUAAAAUGAUUGAGGUGUUACAAAAAGAAAAAAAAUUUUUAUGUAUUGAUUUAGAAUUCCUAGAUGAUAUGAAUAAAAAAAAUUUUAAUGGAGAAUGUAAUAAUUUGGAUAAGAAACAAAAAAAAUAUGAUAAUGAAUAUAACAGCUUAAAUAAUUUAACUUCAAAUGAGAUUAAAAAUAUAUAUAUAUCAUCUGAUGACAAAACUAUUAAGCAAUUUUGUAAUUCAAAAAUGGAAUGUGUAUUAGAAUGUGAAUAUAUAAUAAAUAAAAUUUUGUUAUAUAAAAAUAAAUUUCUUAUAGCUACAUAUCACAAUGGAUAUUUUUCACGUAUAAGAUUUUAUACAUUACCUUUAUCUGGAAUAUAUUUAGAAAUUCCAUGUCAUAUAUUAACUUGUGUUAAUUUAAAAUUUGAUAUAAAUAUGGAAUUACUUUUUAGUUGUUCAAAGGAUGGAUCAAUAUAUAUCUUUUCGAUUGAAAAGGUUGAAAAUGCUUUUAUAUUUUCACAAAAUAUGAAAAAUAAUCAGAUAGAUAUGAAUAAACAAAUAUACUCGAAGGGUCAUAUAUACAACCAACAUGAUCAAAAUGAUACUAUCAAUGUAUAUGCAGAUAAUAAUAAUACAAAUGAGAUAUAUGAGCAUAAUAUGAAAACAAAAAGGGAUAUAUUAAAUUAUGAUGAUAUAGACAGAAUUAAUAAAAUAGAAAAUAAAAAAAAAAAUGUUCAUAUGAAUAAUACAGAUGAUUGUAAUAAUAAUAAUAAUAAUAACAACUGUGAUAUAUUUAAUAGUACUAUUCAAAAUAAUAAUGGUGGUGAACUUGAUGAUCAUUUAAGUAGCCCAAAAGAACUUUGCUUAUCAGAUUUAAACAAUGAUUCUUUUAAAAAUGACAAUAAUAAAAAUGUUAAUUUAUCGAAAGAACAAAUGAAAUUAUUAGAAAAUAAUAUUUUGCUAUACGAUUUAUCAAAUAAAAUUAAUUAUUCACUAAAUGAAGAAGAAAAAGAUAAUGAAGAAAUAUUAAUCGAUUUUUUUUAUGUACAAAAAAAAAACAAAGAAUAUUUAGAACUAGAAAAAAAAAUUAACAAUCUGAAAAAUCAAAUGGAUUUAGAAAUGAAAAAUAAAGAAUCUAUUUAUAAAAAUGAAUUGAAAAAAUUAAAAAAAGAAAAAAAUUUAGAAAUUAAAAAUUUAAUCAAAAUAAAUAAAAGUUUAGUAAAAGAAAAAGAAAAAAUGGAAAAUACAUGCAAAGAAUCUUUAUAUGAAUUAGAAGAGAAACAUACUUAUUUUGUAAAUCAGUUGAAUUCUCAAUUUUAUUUAACAAAUAAAAUAUCUGAAGAGAAAUUUUUAAAAGUACAAGAAGAAUUUGAUUUAUAUAAAAAAAAUUCGACCACAGAAAUUUUGGAACUUAAAGAACAACAUCAAAUACAACUAAAGGAAUUGCAAAGAGAAAAAGAUGAACAAGUACAAAAAAAAGAAGAUUAUCUGCAAAAUUGUAUAAUGAAAUAUGAUAAUUUACAAAAAGAAAAAGAACAAUAUAUUAAACAAAUGGAAGAAGAAGUAGAUGAAGAAAUUUUAAUGAUAACAAAAAAAUAUGAAAAUCAAAUUGAACAACUCAAAAAAGAUAAAUAUGAUUUGAUGGGAAAGUUUAAAUUAUAUGAACAUAUUGAAAGUGAAUUGAAAGAAAAUAUACAAGAGGAAAAGGACAAAUUUAUUAAAAAUAAUAUUACUGCUAAACGAUUACACGAGAAUAUCGAUAAUCUAAAAGUGGACUUAAGCAACCUGAAAGAUAAUAUCGCAACAAAAGAAAAAGAAAUUGAAUCGAAAAAUUCUGAAAUUAUGAAUUUAAAUAAAAAGAACGAAGAAUUAGAAAAGGUAAAAAUUGUUCUGACCCAAAAAAUAAAAAAUCUAGAAUCUAAUUUAUCUCCAAAAGAAUCUGAGAUAAAAAUAAUGAGAGAAAAAAUAGAUGAAAUGGCUAAAUGUUUUGAAAAUAAUCAUAAGAAAAGAGUUAACCUACAAAUUGAAAUUAAUGAAUAUAAAAUGAAAAUAAAAUUUUUACAUGAUGAUUUAUUAAAUUAUAAUAAAACUAUAAUGAAUUAUGAAAAAAUACUUAAGAAUUUACAAGAUCAUAUUAAAGAAUGUUAUUUACAUUUACAUGAUAAAAAAAUAUUUAAUUCAUCCUUUUUAAAUUUAUAUAAUAAAUUUCAUAAAGUAAAUGAUGUUCAAAAUUAUGAUGCCAAAAAUGUCUUUUCUGAAUAUAUAAGACAAAAAGAAUAUCUAGAAAAUAUGAUUGAAGUUUUAAAAGAUAAACUACAUAAAGAGACAGAAGCUUUUAGAAAUGAAAAAAUUAAAAUGAUGAAUGAAAAUUCAUUACUUUUAAAAGAAAUAAAUGAUUUAAAAAUGGAUUUAAAUUUUCUUAAAUCAGAAUGUCAUGAAGCACAAUUACAAAACAGAAAAAUGAAAUUUUUAAAAAAACGUAGUGAAAGUAAGGAGAGGAAAAAAGAAAAAAAAAAAAACAAGGAAGAUAACGAAGAAAAAAAUAUAGAUAUACAAUAA